UGAGACUGAGGUGGGUGGGUCGCUUCAGGCUACAGGGAGCCGCAACUGCACGGCUGCACUCCAGCCUCAGCGACAGUGAGACCCCAUCUGUAAAAGAAAUAGGACAAAAUGAUGAUAAUAAUACCAUCUGGCUGCUGUGUGACCUUGAGCCAGUCCCUGAUCCACAAUUUUCUUCGUUUCUGGGGACUGGAGCAGACAGUACUGCCUCCAGGGACCCGGCUGCCUUGGACUGUCCCAAACAGGACAGGAAAUGUAGGCAGAGGCAUCGCUGGACUCGUCCUGCACGGGCCUCCAGCGGGCUGCCCUGAAGAGGUUCCCCUGGUCAGCAACGAGAGAGGUGCCAAAAGGCAGUGCCCAGGGCUGCUGGCUUCCGCGCCCUUUCCUCUAUUUCCAGCCGGUCUGAGCUGUCACCGUAGUCUCAGUCGGAAGUUCCGGUCCAGAAACCACCCUACACCCAAGUCUGGGCAAGGCCAGGAGAUUUCCGACCAGAUCUUCCCGGCCCCCAAGGCGCGGGGUCUAGGGCGGGGCCUAGUCCUUGGGGCGGGGCCACAGAGUGAAGAGGCGGGGGGCAGAGCGUCGUGGGCGGGGCCCAGGGGGUCUCAGGGCCCAACCAGAUCGGGUCAGCUUUGGGGGCGGAGCUGGUGCCGAGGGGCGGGAGCAGAGACGACGGAGCCCGGCAGGACCUGGAGCCGCUGGGUAGCGGGACGGGGUUCCCUUGGAGACAUGGAGGCUGGAGAGGAUGUACAGACCUCAGACGCCAGCCUCACAGAGCGGGAGCCUGAAGCGCCUGAGCCCCUAAGCCCUGCCAGCGCAGAUGCUAAUUCACCGCCACCACCCCCCAUGUCCCCAGGAGGCCCUGAGGAGAAGGCAGGGCGGGACCCAGAGCCCAAGCCUCAGGAGGAAGCAGAGGGGCAGCCAGGCAGGCCCUGGAGCGGCCCAGAUGAGCUGGAGCUGGUGCUGCAGGACGGGCAGAGACAUGUGCGGGCCCGACUCAGCCUCACAGCGGGCCUGUCCUGGGGCCCAUUCAGCGGAAACAUCCAGACCAGAGCCCCAUCCCCUGGGCAGGCAGAACCGAGCCCAUCCCUGACCUUGCUGCUGGUGGAUGAGGCCUGCUGGCUGCGGACACUGCCCCAGGCCCUAACCCAGGCUGAAGCCAACUUGGAGAUCUACAGGAAAGAUGACACCCUCUGGUGCAGGGUCACCAAGCCGGUGCCCGUGGGUGGACUUCUAACUGUGCUCCUCACGGCCGAGCCCUGCAGCACCCCCAGCCACCCCAUGAAGGAGGAGCCAGCAGAGCCUGCAUGCCCAGCCCCCACGCACAGCGACAUCCAGCUCCUGCCCCAGCAGGCUGGGAUGGCGUCCAUCCUUGCCACGGCCGUCAUCAACAAAGACGUUUUCCCCUGCAAGGACUGCGGCAUCUGGUACCGGAGUGAGCGCAACCUGCAGGCCCACCUCCUGUACUACUGUGCCAGCCGCCAGAGCACUGGCUCCCCAGCCACAGCAGCCAUGGAUGAAAAGCCCAAGGAGACCUACCCCAACGAGCGCGUCUGCCCCUUCCCACAAUGCCGAAAAAGCUGCCCCAGUGCCAGCUCCCUGGAGAUUCACAUGCGCAGUCACAGCGGGGAGCGGCCAUUCGUGUGCCUGAUCUGCCUUUCAGCCUUCACCACCAAGGCCAACUGCGAGCGGCACCUCAAGGUGCACACAGACACGCUGACCGGUGUUUGUCACAGCUGUGGCUUCAUUUCCACCACAAGGGACAUCCUCUACAGCCACCUGGUCACCAACCACAUGGUCUGCCAGCCUGGCUCUAAGGGUGAGAUCUACUCGCCAGGGGCUGGACACCCAGCUGCCAAGCUGCCCCCAGACAGUCUGGCCAGCUUCCAGCAGCACCCGGCCCUACAUGGCCCUCUGGCCUCCAAGGACCUGGGAGUAGCACCCACUUCACCGCCAGGACUGGACAGGAAGGUUGUGGCCGAGGCCACCAAUGGAAUCGCCCCCCAGAAUGGGGGCACAGGCGAGCCACCAACAGCCCCCAGGAGCAUCAAGGCAGAGGCAGCAGAGGAGCCCGAGGCAGCCCGCGCCCCCAGUGACCCAGGGCCUCAGGCUCCAUCGCGGACCCCAUCUCCGCGCAGCCCAGCCCCGGCCAGGGUUAAGGCCGAGUUGUCCAGCCCCACUCCUGGCUCCAGCCCGGUGCCUGGGGAGCUGGGGCUGGCCGGGGCCCUCUUCGUGCCGCAGUAUGUGUUUGGGUCUGAUGCAGGCGCGGCGCCCCCGGCCUCAGAAAUCCUGGCCAAGAUGUCCGAGCUGGUGCACAGCCGGUUGCAGCAGGGUGCGGGGGGCGCGCAGGCCGGCCUCUUCGCUGGGGCCCCCAAGGGCGCCACGUGCUUCGAGUGCGAGAUCACCUUCAGUAACGUCAACAACUACUACGUCCACAAGCGCCUGUACUGCUCCGGCCGCCGCGCGCCCGAGGACGCGCCCUCCGUGCGCAGGCCCAAAGCGAACCCCGGCCCGACCCGCGCGCCCCCUGGCCCGCCCGGAGAGACCGACGCGGCGCGCUCGUCGCCGGGCCCCGGGGCGCGCGAGGACGGCGCGGGCUGUGCAGCGACGCCCGAGGACGGGGCGGGCGGCCGGGGCAGCGAGGGCAGCCAGAGCCCCGGCAGCUCCGUGGACGACGCGGACGACGACCCCAGCCGCACACUGUGCGAGGCCUGCAACAUCCGCUUCAGCCGCCACGAGACCUACACGGUGCAUAAGCGCUACUAUUGCGCUUCGCGCCACGAUCCACCGCCGCGUCGCCCGGCCGCGCACCCGGGACCCACGCCGGCCGCGCCCUCCGCCCCGCCCGUGCGCACGCGCAGGCGCCGAAAGCUCUACGAGCUGCACGCGGCUGGCGCCCCGCCCCCCGGCUCUGCUGGCCCCGCCCCGCCCGCUCCCGAGCCGCCCGCGUCGCCGCGGCCCGGAAGCGGAAGCGGCGCCGGCCCCGCCCCAGCGCGCUCGCCCGGCCCCGCCGCCGACGGCCCCAUAGACUUGAGCAAGAAGCCGCGGCGCCAGGCGCCGGCCCCCGGGCCCCCGGCGUUGGCCGACUACCAUGAGUGCACGGCCUGCCGCGUGAGCUUCCACAGCCUCGAGGCCUACCUGGCACACAAGAAGUACUCGUGCCCUGCCGCGCCGCCGCCCGGCGCGCUCGGCCUGCCCGCCGCCGCCUGCCCGUACUGUCCGGCCGGCGGCCCGGUGCGCGGGGACCUGCUGCAGCACUUCGGCCUGGCCCACGGCCUGUUGCUGGGCGCGCCCCUGGCCGGCCCGGGGGCCGAGGCCCGGACGCCGGCCGAGCGCGGCCCCUCGGGCGCCGCCUCGCCCUCGCCCUCGCCCGCCGCCUCUCCGCAGCCCGGGCCCCGCAGCCUCCGAGACGGUCUCGGCUCCGAGCCCCCAGAGCCGCCGCCUGGCCCGGCCAGCGGCAGCCCGCGGCCCUGCCCGCCCCCGUCGCCGCCGCCGCCCUCUCACUCGGACAAGGGCGUCCAGACCCCCAGCAAGAGCGCGCAGGCGCCCGUGCCCAACGGCAAUCACAGGUACUGCCGUCUGUGCAACAUCAAGUUCAGCAGCCUGUCCACCUUCAUCGCCCACAAGAAGUAUUACUGCUCCUCGCAUGCCGCCGAGCAUGUGAAGUGAGUGCCACACUACAGACUGCGCACGCUUUGCACGCCGCCCGGCCCGGGAAGCUUCCAGACACGGGCCUCGGCAGAGGGGCUGCCGGGGGCAGCGCCGCCCGGACCCUUGGCACUUAAUAAAGAAGUUCAAUUUUUGAUG